AUGCGGCAACUGAAGGAGGCUGAGUUCAAGGGGUUGCGAAGCAUUCAAGACAUCAAACCACUUCUUGAGCGUGAGGAUGGGAAAUACGGCUUCUACUAUCAUCGAGGUCGAGUUUUUUACUGCAGAGAUGAUCUGGCCAGACAUGCGGAGAACUUUGCGCGAAAGAGUUUGUUGAGCUUCGGAACCUGCUUUGGAAAGUUCUCGAAGACCAGCCAAUUCCGCCUUCACAUAACCGCCUUACCGUAUUUGACGCCUUAUGCGAAAUAUCGUAUAUGGUUGAAGCCAUCGGCGGAACAACACUUUCUCUACGGGCAACAUGUUGUCAAAUCCGGCUUGGCUCGAGUAUCAGAAGACACUCCUCAAUAUGCCGGUGUUAUAGUAAUGAACGUCGACGAUAUUCCUCUGGGUUUUGGUGUUGCGGCCAAGUCUAUCCUCCAAAUGAAGAAUACUGACCCCAUGACAAUUGUAGCAUUCCACCAAGCCGAUAUUGGGGAGUACAUAAGGAACGAAGAAACAAUCAUUUAG